ACUGAAGGUCAUCGGUUUGAAACCAAGUUUAGAGCAGCCGCAUGGAGAACGUCGCGCUGUGGUGGCAAAGGAAGACAGGAGAAGGAACGAAGGAGAGACAGGAGAAGGGGACGAAAAAGGGAAGGAAGACAGGAGGAAGAAAAAGGAAGGAAGACAGGAGGAAGGGACAAGGGAAGGAAGACAGGAGGAAAGAAAAAAAAGGAAGGAAAAGGAGGAAAGGAACGAAAAAAGGGAAGGAAGACAGGAGGAAGAGGGAAGAGACAGAGGAAGGGACAGGGAAGGAAGACAGGAGGAAGGAACGAAAAAGGAA